CAAUAAUCAUAUUUACAAAUACAGUAUUAUUAUUGUUGAUUUUUCUUAUAACAAAAAAUUGUUCUUGUUGACCAUUGACCUUGUUCUUAAGGUUACUUCAAGUUCAUAUUAUUAUAAUUCUUAACGAGUGAUACCUCACUCAUAAUUCAUAAUUAUUUAGAGUUUGACACAGUGUUAUUUUAGUGCCAAUAUAUUCAAUACUCAUUCAUAAUCAUGUCUAUCGUUUACAAAGCCGUCAUUUCUGCAGCUGAUAAAGUUGUGCCACGGGGUUUACGGCCACUCUGGGAACAUCCAGCGGGUAAAUAACUGAAUUUUAAAUCUACUUUCCUCUUAACUAAUUUGUCUGAUAAACCAAUUCUGUCGGUACUUACACAAUUUCAUUUUCACAGGUCCUAAGACUAUAUUCUUCUGGGCACCUGCAUUCAAAUGGGUAACAUUGAAUUUAUUUGAAUAUUUAUUAGUAAUUUUCCUUUUGAUUAUAACGGUAUAUUAAUAUAUAUGUUUUUAGGGAUUAGUUAUUGCUGGUAUUGGAGAUAUAACUCGUCCAGCUGAAAAAGUUAGCAUAUCUCAAUGUUCAGCAUUAGCAGCUACUGGCAUUGUAUGGUCAAGAUACUCAUUAGUCAUUAUACCAAAAAACUGGAGCUUAUUUAGUGUCAAUGUUUUUGUGGGCGCUACAAAUGUAUACCAUCUAGUGAGAGCUAUGCUGUAAGUUUUAAAUAUAAAUAACAGUAGUCAAUAAGUACCUUGUAUAAAUAAUUUUGUAAAGAGCAAAUGAAAUUCAAGAAAAAGUAUUAAAUUUAUAUCACUGUAAAUUAAAAGUAUAUUAAGUAAUAUUUGUAUUUUUUUUUUUAGGUAUUUUAUUUUUCGGGGAGGGGGGAGGUCUGACACCUAAAACCUCCUGUAUGUUAAUAACUAAAUCUCUCAAAAUGGUUUUAAUAAAAAAGAUAUUACACAUAAAAUGGAUAGAUAAUUUUAUUAAAAAAAAAUAAAAUAAUUAUGAAACUACCCUAAAAAAAAUUAUCAACACUUUUAAACAUCUUUUAAAUAUUAUACAUUUUUCUUUCGAAUGUUCUAGUAAAUAAUUUGUAUUAAAUAUUUGAAUUCUAAAAGUUUUUAAUACAUCAAAAUACAUACAUACAACUAAAUAAAUACCUACUUAUAACUAUCUCAUAUUCUUAACUAACAUACAAUUGAAAUGUGAUCCAUUUUCAUUAUACUUUUGUACUAUACUAAAACAAUUUUCAAAUUUUAUAUUUUAAAUAUACAUUUUCCAUUUAUAUGUACCAGUAAAUAAUUUGUAAUGAAUAUUUUAAUUCUAAAAUUGUUUAAUACAUCAUAAUACAUACAAACAUAAAAUUAAAUAUAUAUAUACUUAUAAUUAUCUCAUUUUCUUUAUUAACAUCAAAUUAAAAUGCAAUCUAUUUUAUUAUAUUUUUUAUUACUACACCAAAAAAAAAAAAAAUUGGCAAAUAUUAUUAAUUUUCCUUCCAUAUGUACUAGUAAAAAAUGUAUUAAGCAGAAAGAUAGAAUAAUACUAUAAGUAAAUUGUCAUAUUACAAUAAGUUUACUAUAAAUUAAAAUUGAUUGUAUUCAAAUAAUAUUUCAGAUAUCAACAAGAGAAAAAGAAGUUGGAAUCAGAAAACAUCAAAAUACAAUGAAAUCCAAAAAUUAAAUUAUAUUACCCUUAUUAUAUCUCAAGGAUAUGAAUAAAAAAAAAUAUGUACAUUUAAACUAUACAAUAUAAUAAUUUAUAAUAUAGUCAUUAGAAAGUAAAAUCACAUUUAUUUUAUUGACUUAAUAUAAAAAAAAAAAAAACCCUAAUUCACAAACUUUAGAAUCUUCCAUAGUUUUCAUUAUAGCUUCUUUGA